AUGCGGGGCCCCACGCUCCAGCUCCUCAUCCUGCUCCUGGGGGUCUCCGCCUUGCCCAGCAGGCCUCCUGGUAAGUCGGGCCGGGAGACGCGUGCCUUCGUGCUCCCAUUCCUGUGCCGCUUCGCCUGUGGGAAGGAGUGGGUGGGCAGCGGGGUCUAUCCUGUUCCCUGUUUCCAGAUCCUCGGGAGUGAAUCCUCCACUGCAUCCAUUUUCCAAAGCCGGAGGAGGUUGGAUCAUUUGCCCAAGAGCCUAAGGCGCAGCGCGUCCUCCCUCUGUGCCACCCUCUCUUAACCCGCCAGUGCCACGUUCGCAGCUGCGCCCGGGCCGUGGCUGCGCCGACCCCUUUUCAGUCUAGAGCUGUCGGAAGCAGAGGAUGCCUUCCAGCGCCGCGCGGGGCCUCUCGAGGUCCCAGCGGACAGCUGUGUGUUUGUGCAGGCGGCCCUGGCCCGUCCCUCGCGGCGCUGGGGCCUGGCCCUGCACCGCUGCUGGAUGACACCGUCCUCGCGUCCGGCCCCGGGGCCCGCCCUGGUGCUGCUGCGCAGCGGCUGUCCCGCCGAUUCCUCGGUCACCUUCGCGCCGCCGCGCCCCCGGGUUGUCCGCUUCAGCUUCCGCCUGCGCCCGGUCUUCAACGCCUCUGUGCAGUUCCUGCACUGCCAGCUGAGCCGCCGCCGCUGCCUCUGGGGAGCCCACCAGACUCCGGCACCUCUGACGCUGUCACCCCCGUCGCCGUGUCUGCCUCAAAAUGAGGCGUGUGCCGUCGCCAGCAGUGGCAGCAGCGGCACUCUGGGUACUAACAGCCCCCACAUGCACACGCUGACACAGCCCAUCGUGGUCACGGUCCCUCGGCCACCCCUCAGGCCACCCAAGGACAUCCCCAGCAGAGCCGCACGUCCGGAGCUUCCAGCGCCUGCCCCAGUGUCCCUGGAGCCCGCCCCAGUGGUGGCGCUGGUGGUGGCCGCCUUCUUGCUGGGCACCGCGCUGGCCGCCGCGUUUGGCCUCGUUUGCGCGCACUCCGUCUGCCUCCCCCUUCCGGCGCCGCCACCUCCUGGCCCACCCCCGAGAGCCUCACCCAGCGACCCCCAGCCCGUAAGACCCCAGUGAAGCAGGGCAGCUGGAUGGUGUGCCCCCAGCAAGGUCCAGAGCCUCACCAAGCCGCCACUCGUCAGACUGGACCUCAGACCCACCGAACCACAAGACGCGAU